AUGCAGGAGUCGAGGAAGAGGUCUCCGUCGACGGGGUCCCGCGGCCGCGACGCUGGUGGCGGACGCGCCGUAGGGGUCUUCAAAGGUGAGGAAAACCUCAACCAGUUGUACGUGAAGACUGCCGAGCUGCUGCGACUCGCCAAGACGUCAUCGGAGGAGAGCGCCAAGCUCAGCAACACCAAACGUCUUCCCGAGGAGGCGGAGGCGGAGGCGCUGACGAUUGACUUUCGAAAGCCCCAGACCGAUGCCAAACUUCCGCCGACCAAACAGCCAAAUCUUCACGCGUUCACGAUCAGCACGGGUGUCGAGUGGCCGAAGAACGCCUUCCAACGAGACAGAAAGGAAUCACCAGCGUCGUCACGACCGAAGCGUAUUGGGGGUAGUGUCGUCGAAGAUGGCGGGUUACUGCUUCAGCAGAAAAGAUUGCGGGCGAGCAAGGAGUCGAUCAGUGGCAUGAUGAGGCGCGCGUGGAGAGAGGCUGAGGGGGCCACCCAGGACGGAUCUCACACGAGCACCUACACCGCAAAGUCGCUCAGCGCUGCUGAGUUAUGCCUUCCUCCGGUGCUGUGGAACUAUGACAAAAACUACGACGACAAGGACUACUAUGGCAAGGACUACUACGGCCGUGGCAAGGACUACUACGGCCGUGGCGACGACUACUACGGCAAGGACGUCUACAGCUACAGCUACGGCAAGGACGACUACGACUACGGCUACGGCUACUACCCCGACUACUCGUUCGGAGGCGGCUAUGGAUACGGAUACUACCCGGACUACUACUCGUCCUACGGCGGCGACUACAGCUUCGGCUACGGCUACGGAUUCCCCGGCAACUACGGCUACGCUGGCUAUGGCUACGGCUAUGGGUACCCUGGUUUUGGCUUCGGCUUUGAGUCCGCACCGACGGGUGGCGACGCUGGGCAGCAGGAGACUGGAGGUGCGAGUCCUGUCACCACCACGGAAGACGUUGCCUCCAAGUCGGCGGAGAAGGACAGCAAGACGCCGUCCAAGGGAUCCGCCAAGUCCGGCGCUGCGGACAAGUCCAAGGGCAAGGGCAAGUAA